AGGGCGCGCGCGCGCGAAGAUGGCGGCGGCCGCCACCGGGCCGUGUGUGAGGAGCAGUAGAGAACUGUGGACAAUUCUGCUUGGAAGGUCAGCUCUGAGAGAACUGAAUCAGAUUGAGGCAGAGCUGAAUAAACACUGGCAGCGGCUGUUAGAAGGGCUUUCUUACUAUAAACCUCCCAGAUGGGGAAACUGAGACACAAAGAGGUUAAGUAACUUGCCCAAGGUCACACAGCUAUCCAAAUUCAGCUGAAAAAGUGAAAGCUAAUAAAGAUGUGGCUUCACCACUGAAGGAACUGGGUUUAAGAAUCAGCAAGUUUUUGGGUCUUGAUGAAGAACAGAGUGUGCAGUUACUCCAGUGUUACCUUCAGGAGGAUUACAGAGGAACUCGGGACUCGCUAAAGACGGUACUGCAAGAUGAGAGGCAGAGCCAGGCCUUGAUCCUGAAGAUUGCAGAUUAUUACUAUGAAGAAAGGACAUGUAUUCUUCGUUGUGUUUUACACCUGCUCACUUAUUUCCAAGAUGAAAGACACCCCUAUAGGGUUGAAUAUGCAGACUGUGUUGAUAAAUUGGAAAAAGAGCUAGUUACAAAAUAUAGACAGCAGUUUGAAGAGCUUUAUAAAACCGAAGCACCAACAUGGGAGACACAUGGAAACCUCAUGACCGAGCGCCAGGUGUCUCGCUGGUUUGUUCAGUGCCUUCGGGAACAGUCCAUGCUGCUAGAAAUUAUUUUCCUUUAUUAUGCGUACUUUGAGAUGGCACCUAGUGACCUAUUGGUAUUAACCAAGAUGUUUAAAGAGCAAGGAUUUGGUAGUAGGCAGACUAACAGGCACCUGGUGGAUGAGUCCAUGGAUCCUUUUGUGGAUCGGAUUGGCUACUUCAGUGCCCUCAUCCUGGUGGAAGGCAUGGAUAUCGAAUCCUUGCAUAAGUGUGCUUUGGACGACAGAAGAGAACUGCACCAGUUUGCCCAGGAUGGGCUUAUUUGUCAGGACAUGGACCGUUUGAUGUUGACCUUCGGGGACAUUCCACAUCACGCCCCAGUGCUUUUGGCUUGGGCGCUCCUCCGUCACACCCUGAAUCCGGAAGAGACAGGCAGUGUUGUCCGGAAGAUAGGUGGCACAGCCAUCCAGCUGAACGUCUUUCAGUACUUGACCCGACUUCUCCGCUCGCUGGCCAGUGGGGGAAAUGACUGUACCACCAGCACUGCGUGCAUGUGUGUCUAUGGACUCCUUUCGUUCGUUCUGACCUCGCUGGAGCUGCACACACUGGGCAAUCAGCAGGACGUAAUUGACACAGCGUGUGAAGUGCUGGCAGACCCUUCUCUUCCGGAACUGUUCUGGGGCACAGAGCCAACCUCUGGCCUUGGGAUCAUCCUGGACAGUGUCUGUGGAAUGUUUCCCCAUCUCCUCUCCCCGCUCCUGCAGUUGCUGCGAGCCCUGGUUUCAGGGAAGUCGACUGCCAAGAAGGUGUACAGUUUCUUGGAUAAGAUGUCUUUCUACAAUGAACUUUAUAAGCACAAGCCCCAUGACGUGAUCUCCCACGAAGAUGGGACUCUCUGGCGGAGACAGACGCCCAAGCUCCUCUACCCUCUUGGGGGUCAGACCAACCUUCGUAUACCUCAAGGCACUGUGGGCCAGGUCAUGCUGGACGAUCGGGCUUACUUGGUACGCUGGGAAUACUCCUAUAGCAGCUGGACCCUCUUCACCUGCGAGAUUGAAAUGCUGCUUCAUGUUGUUUCCACUGCAGAUGUGAUUCAGCACUGCCAGCGGGUCAAGCCCAUCAUUGAUCUGGUCCACAAGGUCAUCAGUACAGACCUGUCGAUAGCAGACUGCCUCCUGCCCAUCACGUCCCGCAUCUACAUGCUGCUGCAGCGGUUAACGACAGUGAUCUCCCCUCCAGUGGAUGUCAUUGCUUCUUGUGUCAAUUGCUUGACUGUUUUGGCUGCCCGGAACCCAGCAAAGGUCUGGACUGAUCUUCGCCACACAGGCUUCUUACCUUUCGUGGCCCACCAGGUGUCCAGCAUGAGUCAGAUGAUUAGUGCCGAGGGGAUGAAUGCUGGCGGGUAUGGAAACCUUUUGAUGAACAGUGAGCAGCCCCAGGGCGAGUAUGGGGUCACUGUUGCCUUUCUGCGCCUGAUCACCACUCUGGUCAAGGGACAGCUUGGUAGUACCCAGAGCCAAGGGCUGGUGCCCUGUGUCAUGUUUGUGCUGAAGGAGAUGCUUCCGAGUUACCACAAGUGGCGCUACAACUCCCACGGUGUGAGAGAGCAGAUCGGUUGCCUGAUCCUGGAGCUGAUUCAUGCAAUACUGAACCUGUGCCACGAGACAGACCUGCACAGCAGUCACACCCCCAGCCUGCAGUCUCUCUGCAUCUGCAGCCUGGCCUACACGGAGGCAGGCCAGACAGUGAUCAACAUCAUGGGCAUCGGCGUGGACACCAUCGACAUGGUGAUGGCUGCUCAGCCCCGCAGCGAUGGGGCAGAGGGCCUGGGGCAGGGCCAGCUGCUGAUCAAGACAGUGAAACUGGCAUUCUCCGUCACCAACAAUGUUAUUCGGCUGAAACCUCCUUCUAAUGUGGUGUCCCCCCUGGAACAGGCUCUCACACAACAUGGUGCCCAUGGAAACAACCUUAUUGCUGUUCUUGCUAAAUACAUCUACCACAAACAUGACCCUGCUUUGCCACGACUUGCCAUCCAGCUGCUGAAACGUCUGGCCACGGUGGCUCCCAUGUCAGUGUACGCCUGCCUGGGCAGUGACGCGGCUGCCAUCCGCGAUGCCUUCCUGACCCGGCUGCAGAGCAAGAUCGAGGACAUGCGCAUCAAAGUCAUGAUUCUAGAAUUCCUCACAGUGGCUGUAGAGACUCAGCCAGGCCUCAUUGAACUGUUUCUGAAUCUGGAGGUGAAAGAUGGCAGUGAUGGCUCCAAGGAAUUCAGCCUCGGGGUUUGGAGCUGUCUGCAUGCGGUGCUGGAGCUGAUCGAUUCCCAGCAGCAGGAUCGCUACUGGUGCCCACCCCUGCUGCAUCGGGCGGCCAUUGCCUUUCUGCACGCCCUGUGGCAGGACCGUCGGGACAGCGCCAUGCUGGUCCUCAGAACCAAACCCAAGUUUUGGGAGAAUUUAACCAGCCCCCUGUUCGGGACCCUGUCUCCUCCCUCCGAAACAUCCGAGCCCAGCAUCCUGGAAACCUGCGCCCUAAUCAUGAAGAUAAUUUGCUUGGAGAUUUACUAUGUAGUUAAGGGCUCCUUAGACCAGUCAUUAAAAGAUACACUCAAGAAGUUUUCCAGCGAGAAACGCUUUGCCUACUGGUCGGGGUAUGUCAAGUCCUUGGCGGUUCACACGGCCGACACGGAGGGCAGCAGCUGCACCUCCCUGCUGGAGUAUCAGAUGCUGGUCUCUGCCUGGAGGAUGUUUCUCAUCAUCGCCGCCAGUCACGCGGAGAUAAUGCACCUGACCGACUCUGCAGUGCGUCGCCGGCUCUUUCUGGACGUGCUCGAUGGCACCAAAGCGUUACUCCUGGUGCCCGCCUCCGUGACCUGCCUCCGCCUGGGCUCCAUGAUGUGCACUCUGCUCCUUAUCCUCCUCCGGCAGUGGAAGAGAGAGUUAGGCUCUGUGGAUGAAAUCCUCGGACCCUUGACGGAGAUCCUGGAGGGAGUGCUGCAGGCAGACCAGCAGCUCAUGGAGAAGACCAAGGCCAAGGUGUUCUCAGCGUUCAUCACGGUGCUGCAGAUGAAGGAGAUGAGAGUGAGUGACAUCCCCCAGUACUCCCAGCUGGUGCUGAACGUCUGCGAGACCCUCCAGGAAGAAGUAAUUGCACUCUUCGACCAGACCCGCCACAGCCUGGCAUCGGGCAGUGCUGCAGAGGACAAGGACAGCAUGGAAACUGAUGACUGCUCCCGGCCCCGGCACAAGGACCAGCGUGACGGGCAGGUGUGUGUCCUGGGCCUGCACCUGGCCAAGGAGCUCUGCGAGGUGGAUGAGGACGGUGACUCGUGGCUGCAGGUGACCCGAAGGCUCCCCAUCCUGCCUACCCUCUUCACCACCCUGGAGGUGAGCCUUCGCAUGAAGCAGAACCUGCACUUCACCGAGGCUGCGCUGCACCUGCUCCUCACCCUGGCUCGCACCCAGCAGGGAGCCACAGCAGUGGCCGGAGCCGGCAUCACCCAGAGCAUCUGUCUGCCCCUCCUGAGUGUGUACCAGCUCAGCACCAAUGGGACAGCACAGACGCCCAGCGCCUCUCGGAAGUCCCUGGAUGCCCCCUCGUGGCCGGGUGUCUACCGCCUGUCCAUGUCUCUGAUGGAGCGGCUCCUCAAGACGUUGCGCUACAACUUCCUGACCGAGGCCCUGGACUUCGUGGGGGUCCACCAGGAGCGCACCCUACAGUGCCUCAACGCGGUGAGGACUGUGCAGAGUCUGGCCUGCCUGGAGGAGGCGGACCACACUGUGGGCUUCAUCCUGCAGCUGUCCAGCUUCAUGAAGGAGUGGCACUUCCACCUGCCCCAGCUCAUGCGGGACGUCCAGGUAAACCUGGGCUACCUGUGCCAGGCCUGCACCUGCCUCCUGCAUAGCCGCAAGAUGCUACAGCACUACCUGCAGGUAACCCAGCCCCACCCGCCACUGCCGCCUGGACCGCCUCACCCCUGGCUUCUCUGGGCUCCAGCUCUUGUCUCCUCCCUGCAGAACAAAAAUGGGGAGGGCCUCCCCUCGGCCGUUGCUCCCCGGGCCCAGCGGCCCCCCACGGCUGCCCCUUCCUGCUCCUCCUCCUCCUCCUCCAAGCAGCCCACGCCCGACACAGAGGCCGCGGAGCAGCGCGCCUUGCACGCGGUCCAGUACGGCCUCCUCAAGAUCCUCAGCAGGACCCUGGCAGCCCUGCGCCACUUCACCCCCGACGUCUGCCAGAUCCUGCUGGACCAGUCCCUGGACCUGGCGGAGUACAACCUCCUCUUCUCCCUGAGCUUCACCACCCCCACCUUCGACUCGGACGUGGCCCCCUCCUUCGGGACGCUCCUGGCCACCGUCAACGUGGCCCUCAACAUGCUGGGAGAGCUGGACAAGAAAAAGGAGCCCCUUACCCAGGCCGUGGGGCUCAGCACGCAGGCCGAAGGGACCAGAACGCUGAAGUCCCUGCUGCUGUUCACCAUGGAGAACUGCUUCUACCUGCUCAUCUCCCAGGCAAUGCGGUACCUUAGGGACCCGGCUGUGCACCCCCGCGACAAGCAGCGGAUGAAGCAAGAGCUCAGCUCGGAGCUGAGCACUCUGCUGUCCAGCCUCUCCCGCUACUUCCGCCGGGGAGCCCCCAGCUCCCCUGCCGCGGGCGUCUUGCCGUCGCCUCAGGGCAAGUCCGCUUCUGUCUCCAAGGCCAGCCCUGAGAGCCAGGAGCCUCUGAUCCAGCUCGUGCAGGCCUUUGUCCGCCACGUGCAGAGAUAGGGCCGCGGCUGCCGCCCACCUACCACUCUCCACCAGCUGCUGGGUGGCUCUGGGCCGCGGGGGCACUGCUGGCCCCACGGGGCCCGUCUGGGGCUGAGAGCAGCCCAUCGCUCUCUUCCCAGAGGGGUCACAACUCCCCGCCCCCGCCACCUGGAAUUAUUUUUGUAAUAGAUCAAGAGGUCAGCGGCAGGGGUGGGGAGCCCCGAGCCUGCCGCCUUCAGCGCUCCCCAGAGAGGUGCAUUCCUCUCCUUCCACGCAGCACCCAUUCCUGGCCAGGGUGAGGGGGGCCACCGUCAUGGGCAGCCACGAGGGGCUGCGUGCACGGGUUUGAGAGUCUGUUUUCCAUGCUGUUCUUGCAGUUUUUGGUAAUACUGUGGUCUAUUUAUACAAAUAUUAAAAUACUGUUUAUAGACAA